AUGUCUCUAUGGGUACAACGAACAUCAACAGGUGGAGGAACUCUUGUUCAUUACUCGACGCAAACAGAUGGACAAGGAUGGUGUACUGUUCCACUAGGAUUUUCCUCUGCUGGUAAUAUAAUUGCUACUGCUUGGAACCCAAACAAUCAGGUAACAGGUCCUGUUUUAUCGGUCAAUACAUGGACACAUAUUGCCACUACCUAUUCACGAACACAUGGGCUUACAUUGUAUGUUAAUGGAGUAUCUGUAGGUAGUACAGGUAUACAGAACAAUGAUGCACCAGGUAAACCGGUUAUUCUGACAUUGGGCAACUCACUAAGUGGUGGUGGAUGUAAUUCACAGUCAAUUGCAACAGGCACAUAUCAUGGUUAUUUAGAUGAGUUUCGUGUGUACUCUCGUAAACUCAGUGCCACAGAGGUAUCUGCACUUUCUAAAGGUUACGCCUGCUUUGAUGGACUUAUGAAUGGUGAUGAAACGGACAUCGAUUGUGGAGGCUCAUGUCUUACAUGUGCUGUGGUAAGUUCAUCCGGUACCUCACCAUGGAAUACAACAGGCAUCACGCUACUCUCCUCAUCAACAAGAUUCUCAUGUACACGUAUGUUCGUUGAUUCCAAUGACACUUUGUAUGGUGUUGAUAAGUUAAAGAGAUAUGUUUGGAAGUUAUCAAAAAAUGCCGAAAAUGCCGAAGUUGUCGCUGGAAUUUAUGAAUCGACAGGAAGUGAUAGUAUCAAACUAAACUCUCCUCAAGAUGUUUAUAUUGAUCAAUAUGGAAACAUGUAUGUGCUCGAUACUAACAAUCAUCGCGUACAAAAAUUCAUUAAUGGAACAACACAUGGAGAAACUAUUGCAGGUUUAACCGAAUCAUGUGGAUGUUCUUUAAAGCAGUUAUGUUUUCCUCGAGGUUUUGCUUUUGAUCCAACAGAUACAUUCAUGUAUGUUGCUGAUCGUAGCUGUGAGCGAGUAAUACGUUUUUUGACGAAUUCAACUUCAGGUACUGAUGGAGUUAUUAUAGCUGGAAGACAUAUAGCUGACAAUACAAACAAUGCAUUGAAUGGACCAUAUAGUAUUCGGUAUUUAUCAUCGAUAAAUAAUGAUUUACUUAUCGUAAAUUGGGAUGGACAUUCAGUAAUACGUUGGGCUAUUGGUGCUACCUCAGGUACGUUUGUCGCAGGUCUACCAGGUAUAUCGUGUUCUAGCUCUAUUUGCCUUUCCAAGCCGACGGAUGUUAGAAUUGAUGCUGAUCAGAAUAUGUAUGUUGCUGACGAGCUGAAUCAUCGAGUUCAAAUGUUUUGUAAAAACAGUGAUGUAGGUUUCACUGUCGUUGGAAAUGGUGUCGCUGGUAAUAGUCCAACACAGUUAAGAAAUCCGCAAGGUAUUGCAUUCGAUUCGGCAAUGAAUAUAACAAUACCAACAUUUCGUCCAAUAAUGUUUCAACAUGUUACGCGACCAGAUUUUCUUAAUAGACCAAUAUCUCAUUCACCUUCAUCUUCUGGACUCAUUUUGGGGUUAGAAAUAGUUAGUGGAAUUUUCUUCGUUUGCUGUAUUUAUAUUCCUCUAAUGUAUCUGAUUAUUCGCGCAUGUUGGCGAUGUUGUUUACGCGUUUCUAACAUUUCUCCAUGUAACGAACGUAUAGUUGGCCGACAGCAAAUGACAGAACAAUCCACACUAAAUGUUUCUACACCAUAUGAUAAUGAACAAUCGGUGUCAGCAAUUUCUAGUAUAUUCGAAGCACUCCCACCACCAUACCAUAUUGCCAUUGAUAAACAUCGUCCAGAAGUUUCACCACCAUCAUACGACAUUGCACUUACUCAUCUACUAUCUGUACAUCAACUCCAAUCAUUUCCUACAACAAUAGCGAUUGAGGAUAUUAUUUUACAAGUUUAG